CAACGGGCCAAUCGCGGAGCGGGCGGGGGUGGGGGUUGCUCACGAGUCAGUCUUGAUUGGCUCGCGGGGAGAGAGGUUGGGGGGGCAACUAAGACGCAGUAUGGGGGCGGGCACUUGAGUUUUUCCCCGCUAGGGGGCGCCCGGGGCUGCGGGUCGGGAGUGUGGGGCAGCGGCAGGACCGGGCCCCUGUUGCCCGCGCCGGAGGCUUACAGACAGAUAGGGACAGAGCUCGGGUCCCCAUCGCAGAUCCUCCAUGGGCAUGGGGCUUCGGGGCAGGGGCUGAAGGCACUGGCACCAGAACAGAACCCAGACAUCUGGGCUAGCAGCAGCUGACGCCUGCGGUUUGGAGCAUCUAUUAUUUAUGGCAGUGCCAAUUCCAGGAUGACAUCAUGCCCUUGGGACCCUUCACCCCAGGAAGAGGCGUGGGGGCGAGUGUGCUGUGCACACAGGGUGUGGGCCAGACCGGGCCAUGGGGCCAGGGUGAUGGAGGAGGCGGGACUGGGGCGGUCAGGGUGCUGGCUGCAGGCCCAGCUGGUGGCAGGGGCACGGCUGCAGGUGCUGGACCUGCGGGGGCGUGAGCGCUACGAGGCUGGGCACGUGGUUCAGGCACUGAGUGUGGCUCUGCCUGGCCUGCUGCUGCGCCGCCUGCGCCGGGGGCAGUUACCCACACGAGCCUUGUUGCCUCGCCCCCCUGGCCCGGUGCUGCUGUACGACGAGGCCACAGCCACCCUGCCCCUGCCCACGGAGCCCGAGCCUGAGCCCCUGCUGGUCACCUUGCUGCGCCAGCUGCGCCGGGAGGGCUGUGCUGCCUACUUUUUGCUGGGUGGCUACUCCAAGUUCCAGGCAGAGUGGCCAGAGUACUGUGAGAGCAGCCAGGCAGUACCUGGCUCCGGGCUCCCAGCAGCAGUGGGGGGAGGUGUGGUGGGUCUGGGGGGUUUGAGCCUGGGCUCGGAUGGAGACUCAGGCUCACCGAGUAGCAGUGGUGGGGGAGAUUCGGCGGGUCCCAGCCCCCCGCCCCCACACCCAGUGCAGAUUCUGCCCCACCUAUAUCUGGGAGGGGCCCGAGAUGCAGCCGACCAUGAGGCCCUGGCCCGCCUGGGUAUCCGUUAUGUGCUCAACGUCACACCCAACUUGCCCAACCUCUUUGCUGAGCACGGUGGCUUCCACUACAAGCAAAUCCCCAUCUCUGACCACUGGAGCCAAAACCUGGCCCGCUUCUUCCCCGAAGCCAUUGCUUUCAUCGGUGAGUGCCCCCCGCUCCCCGAGACCUACCCCUUCCCCCAGGCCACUUCUUUCAUUAGCAAGGACCCCCAGUCCCUCCCCUCCACUGGCCACCGCUCAUCACCAGCUCCUCCUCCUCAUUGCUGCCUGGCAGGUGUGAGCCGGUCAGUGACGGUGACAGUGGCCUACUUGAUGCAGCGCCUGCGCCUCUCACUCAACGAUGCCUACGACCUCGUCAAACGGAAGAAGGCUGAUGCCUCCCCCAACUUCAACUUUCUGGGCCAGCUGCUAGACUUUGAGCGCCAGCUGGGCCUGGCUGAGGGUGGGCUUGGGCCUGGUAGCCCCCCGGGCCCCCAAAGCCCCAGUCCAAGCCCUGCGCCCUCCCCUGCUGCCUUCUUCUCUGAUGAUGACCCAGGGCCAUCCCCUCAUAACCUCACAUAGCCCCCUAGGCCUGGCAUUUACCCCCCCUGCUUUCCCGCACUCUAGAGUAAGAGCUUAUGGCCUGGGGGCUCAAACUCGGGGAGGGCAGUGGCUAACCUAUAAGAUUCCUCCCCCUCCCCCCAACCACUGGCACCAGUGGAGCAGUCCCUGGUGGUUGGGCACCUACCCCCCAUCAUUUCUUGGGGGACUGGAACCAGCUGCUGGAGAAUAACCUGGAACUGGCAAUUGAGAACCUGAAGCCUAGGUUCUAGACUACCCCCCAUCUGCUGGGAUCUACAAGAGACUUGGAUCGUCUGUGCAUCCAGAAAAAAGGUGGAUCUAGACUGGAACCUCAUGGGAUGCUCUAGGACAAGCCCAGCCCCUGGGGUGCCAGGUCCAGGCUGAAGCCGGGUCAGGACCAGGAGGCACUAUGGGUGCCUCUCUGUGGGUGCCUGCCCAGCUGGAGGGAAGGGACUCUGCUCCCUGGCUGUGUGUGCCUGUGUGUCCUAUGCUCCCUGCCGGUGGGGGCUGGAGUCCCGCCUCCAUGCACAUGCCUGCAGGCGCGUAACCCUUGGGAGGGGUUGCCAUGUGCGCAUGUGCAUCUCAGGCCUUUUAUUUUUAACAGUUUUCAUAUAUGUGGGGUUGAGGGGGCAGGAGCUAGGGUGACCCUGGGGCUGGUGGUCUCCCCCUGAAACAAAGUGGACAAUAAAGCAGGACUUUAUCGCCAAA